GGCCUAAGCACUUACUUUGGUAAUGAUUCUGAAGUUAAAACAGCUUGAUUUAGGAAAAGUUGCCUUUUGAGAGGUCAACUCCAGCAUUUAGAUUAAGAGAAGCACAAUACUUUGAAGCGGUCUCAAACUUGAGUGUGCACUAAAACCACCUAAAGGACUUUAAAAAACAUAAUUGCUUAACCCCAUCCCUAUAGAUUCUGAUUUACUAGAUCUGAAGUAUCACCUGAUAAUUUGGCCUUCUCAAUCCUGAUGAUGCUCAUGCUCCUAGUUGGGGAACCACAUUUGGAGAACUUUAUUUUGGGGGAUAUGGAAUCGCUCUAAAAUGCUACUACUAUAACCUCACGAAGUCGAAAAAUUGCACGGAAUGAUUUCAAAGUGGAAGUGAGAGGUUCUGGAAAAAAGAAAAAAAAAAAAAACGGCAGUGGCAAUCCUACUGACAGUGCAGCUACCAAAGAGUGGAAACGCAUCUCUGGCCCGCCACUCCCCACCACACUCGUUCUCCGGUAGGGCCGUCUUGUUGCUCCCCUGCUGAUCCUGACAACCGAGUCUCACAUUACGCCAGCGCCAACCUCUUUCCCGCCCGACACCCGGCAGCCCUUAAAGUUAAUGUCCGCCAGUCGCCCACGUCCGCUAAGAUGUGGGUUGGUCGCUCCCUGGUGGUUCCAAGACCUCGCCGCCCCGUACCCUCUCUGGGAGGCCACCAGGCCAUCAGACUUUGGGGAAUCUGAAAAAUGUAUUUGAGUCAGUUACAGAACAAAACAGUGGAUCCAGAAUUUUGGAGACCGAGAAGAGCAAUCUAUCUCUCGCCCCCCACCUUGGUCUUUCUGUUCCUCUCCUGUUGUUCUGAUAGCUCAAACCAAGAGAUUGAAAUACUAUGUCACUAAUUGCAAUUGAUGACAUUGACCUCUAUAUGACUCCUGUGAUCCUGAAAAAUAUCAGCAAUGGUUAAAGAAAUCCCCCCACAUUUUUAUGUUCCCAAAAUGGCUUACUGUAAGGAACCAUUCUUUACCAUAUGCCUUAAAUUAGACUUCUGAGUGCUCUGUUUACGUAUAACGAGGCCACGUACUGACUCCUGUACUUUAAAUGUGUUUCAAGGCUCAGCACCUGUUGUUCAGUGGUUACGGCACCGGCCACAUACACCAGGGCUGGCGGGUUUGAAUCCAGCCUGGGUCUGCUAAACUGACAACUUCAACAAAACAAACCAAAAAAAACAAUAGCUGGGCGUUGUGGUGGGCACCUGUAGUCCCAGCUAUUUGUGAGGCUGAGGCAAGAGAAUCGCUUAAGCCCAAGAGUUUGAGGUUGCUGUGAGGUGUGACACCACAGCACUCUACUGAAGGUGACAUAGUGAGACUCUGUCUCAAAGAAAAAAAAUAAAUAAAUAAAUAUGUGUUUUACAUUUAGUAUACAUUUUGAUGGUAGAGGCAACUGGGUUUGACAAUUUGUUUUUGAACUAGAGGUGGGAUGUGAGAGAAAGUGAAAUCAGAGAUGGUUUCAAGGUUAUCAAGGUGGUCUGAAUUUCUGGUAGAAUGUGGUUCCUCACUGAGGCAGGGAAAACUGUGAGCAGGUUAUUUGGGGAGAAGUUGAAAAAUAGGACACCUUUUUCUCUUGUCACCUUUUUCUCUUUAAAGAAAUUUAAAAAGUAACUUGUGCCACAAUAUUGAAAACUUCAAGUGUUAAUUCUCCAGAAAGUGACUUGUACUUUGGAAGGAGCAGCUUGGAACUUCUUCAACUAGAAAAAACAAAAGUAAAACAAGCUUUCUCUUUGGUGUCUUAUGACAUACAACACUAAGAUUUUUCUAUAAGAAAAGUUCACUGUCUCAGGUUCUGUCCCAGUUUCCUCCACAACAAAGCUCUGGAGACUUUCCAAUAAUAUCUCAACAGCUAGAAAAUAGUACCUACAGAGAAAUAGAAAAUGGAAAAUGCUUCUCUUCACCCAAAUAUUUUCAUGGUUAGUAUUCAUGAUAAUUAAGAACAAUUAUUGGUAACUUAAAAAUAAGUUAAAAGCAGGAACACUGGGGCCUGCCAUUUUUCUUUGCCAGACUUGAACCUUCAGCUCUAGAUUUGCUUAUGUGUCUUCACCCUGGGCAGCUCCAUAUAACUGUCUCUACCCAUAUCCUAGAGAAAUGUGUGCAUAUCUAUACCAGGAAACACGUAAGGAUAUUCACAUAACUAAUGAUCCAAAUAAUCCCAGAUAGACACAGCAUGGAUGUCUACCAUGAUAAAUUGAAUAAAAUAAUGUCACUAUUCAGCAAUUAAAAACAAUAGUAUUGGAGUAAUAUAUAGGCACAUGAAUGAAUCUCAACAUCAGUUUAAAAUGAAAACUACAUACAGCUUCUGAUUCCAUUUAUUUGAAGAUAAAAAUAGGCAAACAAGGUGCAAUUUAUGGGUCUAUACUUAGAUGAUGAAACCAUAAAGAAAAACAAAAUGUUGCAGGGCAGUAGUUUAUAUCUUUGAGUGUAUAUGGGUAGGAGAAGAGAAAGAACCGGACAGAGUUAUACUAGGCCUAGUGUCAACUGAAAAGUGUCAGAAAAUUGAUAAAUUUAAAAGAGCUUUGUUUAUAAUUGGGUUUGACCCACAGGCAGUAAACUAAGAGCUAAACAGAAGAGCAGUGAUUCAUGGGGGAGGAAGGAGAGGUAAGAAUGUACCCUAAACAGAGUGGCUGGUAUGCACAUUCAACACGAUAUAGAAGGGGGUCAUGAGUAUUCAUGAAGGAAACUGGGACACAAGCACAUUAGUUUUACAUGCAUGAAACAUACAGAAACACACUUUCCACGUUGACUGCGGUUUAGAGAUUUAGCAUCUAAAUGCAUUAUAAUUAGGUCCUGUACAUUAGAAGGUAAAAUGUAAGGCACAGGACCACAUUCUGCACAUCUUCAGAAGACUGGUCAAAACCAGCCCAUGGCCCACAGUCAUUUAUCAAGAAGAAAUUCUUUGUGUUGUUUUAUCAUAACCAUGAAAACAGCAGGAGGGCAUCCAGUGGUCUGAUGAAGUAAUAAAAGGAGUUUUCUGGUCUUUUGGCCUUCCAAACUGGCUUUUGAGAAAAUUUAGUAAGGAUUAGUACGGGAGGUAGAAGCAAAUGAGACAUGACCAACCUCUGUCAUGCAUGGCCAGCAACUUAAAAAUACAGGAGUCUUUUAGCCCAAGGAAUGUCCAUUAGUCUGUUGGAGGGAUUUAGAACAUAAUUUUGGUCCUUCUGUAAUAGUAAGUUAUUAAUAGCAAUCUAGUUCUUAAGCUGGACUUUUAAGUACCAGGCAUUUAUUUUGUAAUACUUGGUUUUUUAAAAAUAAUUAUUCCCCUUUUUUAUAAGGGUUUAGGCAUAAGCCCUUUUAUACAUGUAUGGAAGUAAUAUUUUACUAUAAAAUUUUAGAAAUAUUUUCAAUCAGGUAUUAGAAAUAUCAGGGCCACACAGAUUCUUGUCAAAAAAAGAAAACUUGUAAUUUUUUUCUUUGUCUAUGUGCCACAUCAUCAUUUUUAUUCGAAUAGAUGUAAAAGUGUAGCAAUGUUAAAGCCUUAAGCAGGAAUUUUAAAAAUCACAAAUGGCAAUGUUACUUAACGAAAAUCAGUUAUGAGUGUCAGUUCUAUCUUAUCAGUUGUACAUCUGAUAUGUGUGGUUUAAGAUGUAGUUAAGGAGCUUGAUGUAUAUUUCCUUUUCUGUUUUUUUUUUCUUGUAGUUGCAGAAUAUAUCAUUGGAUCUCUCUUUCUAUGGUUCUCUCUGUGUAUGUAUAUUUGGUGUCAUUCCAAGAUAUCCUCUUUAGGCAAAUUUCUUUCUUUUCUUACCCCACUCUUCCUCUCUGUCUCUCCAUUAUGUCAUUUUCUCCCCCUCUUACUUUGUUGCUUUUCUUUAAUCCAGUUUUAAUUUUCUGUCUCAUUUGUCAUUCUAUACUUUCUCUACUGUUGUAGAAUUUUAGAUAUUGUACAAUCAAAGCUUUUUCAUUUUCAACAAAUUCUUAUUAGGAAAAUGUUCUAUGUCUUUCUUUCUUUCUUUUUUUUUUUUUUGAGACACAGCCCUAAGCUGUUGCCCUGGGGGUAGAGUGCUAUGACAUCAGAGCUCACAGCAACCUCCAACCUGUGGGCUCAAGCGAUUCUCCUGCCUCAGCCUCCCAAGUAGCUGUGACUACAGGCACCUGACACAACGCCUAGCCAAUUGCAGCCAUCAUUGUUGUUUGGCAGGCCCCGGCGGGAUUCGAACCCACCAGCUCAGGUGUAUGUGGCUGGUGCCUUAGCUGUUUGAGCCACAGGCGCCGAGCCAGGAAAAUGUUCUAUGUCUUAUGUUUUUAAAAGAAAAAGAAAAAGAAGCAUCUCUUUUCUUCUUUCCAAGGGAGCUGGAGUUCAUCUGCUAAUUGAAGGCCUCCCAGGCUCAUUCAGGCUGUAGCCUGUGAGCUGUUUUUCUUAUCUGUCGCUUCUGAUAGCAAAAAUUAUGGACAGACAUUUUAUUUUUUUUCUCAUUAGUUUUUGUUAGUGUCUUUGUAUUUAAAGUGUGGCCCAAGCCAACUCUUCUUCUUCUAAGGUGUGGCAGAGGAAAAAAAAAACAAAAAGGUUGGACACCCCGGUCUGCCUAAAUCAUCAAAUCAUCAUUCUAAAUUGAUGGGAUCAGAUGUGAUUUAGGGGGCAAGAGCUGUGCCUUUGAGGCUCAAAUUUCCAUUUCUGUAAAAUGGGAGAAAAAUUAAUAUUCAUCACAUAGGAUUUUUAGAAUUAAAUGAAUAGAAAUGAAGUAUGUUAGCUAUUAUUCUGAACAUUGCUACUGUGGCUAAGUUGGUAACAAGGAAGAAAUACAAAUUGAAUAGGUCUUAGGAAGGUUUCCUUCUCAUCACCAAAGUGAGCAAAACAAACUACUCUGUGAAAUAAAGAUAAGAAAUAACUUCAGUAGUGUGCUUUUGUUAGGCAUUUAUCUAGUCACAGGGUGGAAAGGUGUGCAGGUGCCUUUUUGCCUGUAGAGUUAGUGUUUGCGGAGCAUACGGAGAGGGUGAAGUGAAGGUUUAAGAAAAAAACAAAUUUAAGAAAGCCUCUUUCUUUGAAAAAGCAAAUAUAAGAAUGGAAGAAAUAGCUAAGAAACUAGCUUUAGCCAAAAAUAACAAAAAUAAAGCUGUUAAACACUGAGGUCUCCCAUUUUAGUUUUGUUUGUUUGUUUGUUUGUUUUUAAUCUUUUCACUAGUUAAACUGAAGAACUAUUUAUUUCUUAUCCAUGCUCUGUGGCUAAACUAGGGUUGUUUCGCUUUUUCCAGUAGUGAGGAUUACAGUCAUAUUGGAUAAUGAAUUCUUUUGUCUUAUCAUCCGUUAAGCAAUGUUACUUUGCUUUUUGUGUGAGUAUUACCCCCUGCCCUUUAUUUUCAGGACGCAUUUGUGCACUCUGAACAAACUGGAAAGCAGUCCCAGAAACUAGGUGAUCCCAGGUCACUUAGUUCUCAAUUCUCAUCCCUUGGUCUAGAAUUCAAGGACAGUCAAAUUAUAAUAACAUAGUUUUUCCGGAAAGAUUUUAAACAGGCCUCGUCCACGAGCUUCCUCUCCCUGCAAUUUCAAAACAGGAGACAGGAAGUUCUAAUUUUUUAAAUAAGCAAACUAAUCCGAAUUAUUUGGACAGGAAGGAACUUGUUACAUAAAAUGGCUAGGUUGAAGAAAUUAGCCGGUUUGCUGGGUAUACUGCUCUUAGAAUAUAACCAAUAGGAGAAAAGGACUAGACUCAUUCAUUUGCAUGCAGACUUACAGCAAAAGAACCAAUCAGAGAUUGACAAACUAAAUCUUCAUUUACAUAAGGCUGUCUACAAAUAAGCAGGAUUAUAAACAACAGACUUCAUUUUCUUUCUUUCUCGCUGAGUAGGAGUUAGCUAUGCCUGAACCAGCUAAGUCCGCUCCUGCCCCGAAGAAGGGUUCCAAGAAGGCGGUGACCAAGGCACAGAAGAAAGACGGCAAGAAACGCAAACGCAGCCGCAAGGAGAGUUACUCCGUGUAUGUGUAUAAGGUGCUGAAGCAGGUUCAUCCGGACACCGGCAUCUCGUCCAAAGCUAUGGGUAUCAUGAAUUCCUUUGUCAACGAUAUUUUCGAGCGUAUCGCGGGUGAGGCGUCUCGCCUGGCGCACUACAACAAGCGCUCGACCAUUACCUCCAGGGAGAUCCAGACUGCUGUUCGCCUCCUGCUGCCUGGAGAGCUGGCCAAGCAUGCUGUAUCUGAAGGCACCAAGGCUGUUACCAAGUACACCAGUUCUAAGUAAACGUUCUAGGCAUUGUCAAACCCAAAGGCUCUUUUCAGAGCCACUCCAAAUUUUUACAACUAGAGCUGUGCACUAAUUUGUAACCUUACGUGCAUACUUAUAAG